CAAAUUCAUUCAAGCCGUGGAAGAACGAACGACCGACCAUAGUCGUCAGCCAUAAAUCUCCGGCGAAAAAAUCGGCAUUUGUUGUAAAGAAGAUUUGAAUGAUGUUGAAGUUAUGGAAAUGUUAUCAGAAUUGCUUACAAGUUCAUCCUGUUAAGACACAGAUCGUCAGCUCCGGCGUCAUUUGGGGAUUCGGCGAUAUUGCCGCUCAAGCCAUUACUCACACUACAGUCACACGAAAGAAGAACGAAUCCUCUGAAAAAGAUGAUGAUUUUAAGAUCAACUGGCGUCGGGUAGCUAACACAAGCUUGUUUGGAUUUGGGUUUGUCGGACCAGUUGGCCACUUCUGGUAUGAAGGUCUGGAUAGUUUUAUGAGAAAGAGAGCUCAAAUGCCACCAAAGUCUCUUAGAUUCGUAGCUUCUAAAGUCUUACUUGAUGGAAUUAUCUUUGGACCAUUGGAUUUGUUCGUGUACUUCACGUAUAUAGGAUUUUCGGCUGGUAAAACUUUUCAUCAAGUUCGAGACGAUGUGAAGAGAGAUUUUCUACCUGCUUUGGUAAUGGAGGGAGGAAUCUGGCCGAUUCUUCAGGUUGCGAAUUUCAGAUAUGUUCCUGUUAGAUAUCAGCUUCUUUAUGUGAACUUCUUUUGCUUGUUGGAUAGCUGUUUUCUAUCAUGGGUUGAACAACAGCAGAAUGCUCCAUGGAAGGAAUGGUUCAGAAUCUUAUAGCUUUGUUUUACGUUUGGGGUUUGAAAUGGUAAAACCCGAUUCAUCGAUAAAUAGCAUUUAGCUCGCUCAAUUUGAGGCCAAUUUUGUGGCGGAAAUUUGUUGGUUUGAGACUUAUUUUAGAAUAUAUAAAAACAAUUUAGAACUGGAUCCUUGUAUCAAAUUUAUAGUAAUUUCACUUUUACUUAUCUC